AAGCGAGAUUUUAUUUGUCCAAAACCUCUUUUUUUGACACCACUUGAUGCUGACUCCGCUAAGUCGCCCCAGUCCCCGCUCCAGAACCUGCUGUUCAGCCGUAAUACUGCAGUAUCUUCGACGACUUUGCCUCAUGCUCCAGCAAGUGGGACAGGCAAGCCAAAGUCUGUUGCGCAUUUGCUCAACUUAGGUCGUUGCGCAUCUUUGAAACUUGUCGGAAGCCCACAGAAUAGCCAUCUCUUCUCUCCUUCAGGCACAAUAAAUGGCCUUAGCUCGAGCUCAUUAAAGCAAAACACAGUACCACAUCCAUCCCCGGCGGCCAAACAAACCCCACGCAUGCGGGUCUACCACUUUGCUCGAUCCGAAGAUGCAGCUAGGCACCUCUGGCCGGGCCGAGGCUCUCUUCCAUCAUGCCUGACUGAGGGCUUAACCAUCUCCGCAAGCUUGCCAACUACUCGGUUGGCUAGCCGAAUGAGUAUUCAUACAAGUAAUCAGUCAGAGCAAUCGCUACGAGCUGCCCCGUUUACAACUUCUGUCUAA